GAUAGCUAGGCAUGAUGAACAUGUAACCAUCUGGACGCUUUGCCAGUUGUCUCUCAACUCAUGUAGAGAGAGAGGAACUAAACCAAACAUGCCCCCGUCAGCUUCCACAAACCUGGGCUACACCCCUCCAGAUGGAGGCUGGGGCUGGGCCGUGGUGUUUGGAUCUUUCAUCUCCAUCGGCUUCUCUUACGCCUUCCCCAAGUCCCUUACCAUCUACUUCAAGGAAAUCCAGGAGUAUUUCUCCAUCUCCUACAGUGAGAUAGCCUGGGUCUCCUCUAUCAUGCUGGCUACCAUGUAUGCAGGAGGACCCGUGAGCAGUGUUUUGGUCAACCGUUAUGGGAGCCGCCCAGUCGUGAUAGCUGGUGGGCUAAUGGUUGGGGUUGCUAUGGUAAUGGCUUCUUUUGGCACCACCAUUUUGCAUUUGUAUUUAUGCGUGGGAGUCAUUGGAGGCUUUGGCUUAGCUUUUAACCUGCAACCAUCUCUCACAAUAAUCGGUAAAUACUUUCUUGUGAAAAGGCCAAUAGCAAACGGACUGGCAAUGGCAGGCAGCCCGGUCUUCCUGUCCACCCUGGCUCCCCUCAACCAGUUUCUCUUUGACCAUUUUGGAUGGCGAGGAAGCUUCCUCAUCCUUGGAGGAGUGGUGCUGAACUGCUGCGUGGCAGGAUCCCUUAUGAGACCCAUCAAGAUAAAAACAAAACCACCAGUGAGCAAAACCACAGAUGAGAACGAUACAGCAAAACCGGACGUCACCUCUCAGACAGCUGGACAAGACAAGUCCAAGCAGUCAGGCUGUGCCGCAAAGGUCAGCCAGUUCAUUGACAUCUCACUCUUCAAGCACAGAGGCUACCUGAUCUAUCUGGUGGGGAACGUGCUCUUGUUUUUUGGAUUUUUUGCACCAGUUGUUUUCCUGGCACCAUAUGCCAAGCAUCAGGGGAUAGAUGAGUACUCCGCAGCAUUCCUGCUCUCCAUAUUCGCUCUAGUAGAUAUGUUUGCACGUCCGGGAACGGGUUUGGUCGCCAACACCAAAUGGAUCAGACCCAAGAUCCAGUAUUUCUUCAGCUUCUCUGUGACGUAUAACGGCCUGUGCCACCUGAUUUGUCCACUCUUACCAGGUUACAGUGGCCUGGUGGUGUACGCAGUGAUUUUUGGCCUGGCUUUCGGGAUGGUGUGUGCUCUUCUGUUUGAGGUACUCAUGGAUUUGGUGGGAGCCCAGCGCUUCUCCAGUGCGGUUGGGCUCGCUACCAUUAUAGAGUGUGGGCCUGUCCUGCUGGGGCCACCAAUCUCUGGUUUACUGGUCGACAUCUUCAUGGACUAUAAAUACAUGUACUAUGCUUGUGGCAUGAUGAUGCUAGCUGGAGGUGUCUUCCUCUUCAUCAUGAACUUUUACAACUAUAGAUUGUUGGAAAAGGAAGAGAAAGAGAAACAGGUGGAAGAUCGGCUAGAGAUCGGCUCAGCCAAAGAGCUCGCUGCCAAUGAGGAGGACAAAGACAACGAGGAAAAGAUCAGACUCAACACAGAGGAGGAAGUAGGGAAAUCCAUCUGUGAAGAGCCUUAAAUCUGUCAUCUUUUGUUAGAAUCUGUGUCUGUUUAUGUGUUGUUUUGUCUGUCUACAUAUCUGCUGUUCUGUAUCUAUCUAUUGACAGCGAGACAGGGUUUGAAAUUGUUUUAUAAUCUUACCUGUGUAUUAUGUUAAAGCUGUGACGAGACAUGAAGUAGUGCUGGUAGGAUAUCUGAAAGUAUUAGACUGCUGAAUGCUACUUUUGACCAAUGAGAAUCAAGUAUUCCAGAAACCUGCAUUUUUAUUAACCAGCUUUUCUUAGCAUUUUGUCUGUUUUUGCAAUUUGUUAUUAAGAUCUAUUGCUUAUUUUAAGAGUUUUCUUUGUAUAUUAGUACUUUAAUACGUUAUAGGUUCAAUCUAAAAAUGUUAUGCAGAUGGGAAAACAGAUUAUUAUUACACAUAUUAAAGGAGACUUUUUUACAAGAUGUAAUAUAA